AUGCGAUUGCAAGUACAAAUUCGAGAAGAAUGUAUUCUCGUUGAAUAUGAUGAAAAUGAUGAUAUAAAUACGAUAGCUUUAAAAGCGAUGGAAAAAUUUUCAAAAUUGAAGCCCCAACUAUUGAACGAUUUAGAAAUGAAAAAUGGAUAUCGCGAAAUACGCCAUAAUAAUACGCUACUCGAUCCUCAUGAUCGCGUAACAUCAGUGCUAAGAGACUUUGAUUUGAUCGUCAUUUAUUUGAGCUAUUCAUUUUAUGAAGAUGAUUUUAGAUAUAUUGAACCGAACAUCAAAUCAACCGAAGUGCUUAUUCUCGAUGGAAAUUCGUUAAAAACGACCGAUUUAGUUAAAUGUGAACGAGGAGAAUGCAUUUUAGAACUUUCACAAGAAGCAAAAGAAAGAAUAAUUAAAUCGCAAAAAUUAUUAGAAAAAAUUGUCGAAGAAAAAUCAAUCGUAUAUGGUAUUUCAACUGGAUUUGGCACAUUUUCUACGAUCGGAGUACCAUCCGAUAAUCUUAAAUUACUUCAACUUAAUCUAAUUCGAUCACAUGCAAGCGGUUACGGCAAACCAUUAUCACCAACACUAACGCGAACAAUGCUUGCAUUACGAAUAAAUGUUCUUGCUAAAGGUCAUAGUGGCAUAUCAUUGGAAAAUUUACAAAAAAUGAUUGACGCUUUUAAUGCAUUUUGUGUAUCAUAUGUACCUGAGCAGGGCACAGUUGGCUGUAGUGGUGACUUAUGCCCAUUAGCUCAUCUAGCACUUGGCCUAAUCGGUGAAGGCAAAAUGUGGUCACCGAAAACAGGUUGGAAUGAUGCUAGUGUUGUUUUGGCAAAGAAUAAUUUAAAAAUUUUAGCCGUUGAAAGAGCAAAUCAAAUAGCAAAACAAGCAGAUGUGAUUGCAGCAUUAUCAUUAGAUGUUUUACGAGGAACGAAUAAAGCUUUUGAUGAAGACAUUCACAAUGUUCGACCUCAUAAAGGUCAAAUUGAAAGUGCUAAACGACUUCGUGCGCUACUUAAUUCUGAUAUGUAUCCAUCACAAAUUGCUGAAUCACACAAAAAUUGUUUCAAAGUCCAAGAUGCAUAUACGCUAAGAUGUAUACCACAAGUUCAUGGUAUAGUGCAUGAUACUAUUGAAUUUGCUCGUUCAAUUUUGAAUGUCGAAAUUAAUUCCGCCACAGAUAAUCCGCUUAUAUUUCCCGAUAAAGGCAAAAUAAUAUCUGGUGGUAAUUUUCAUGGAGAAUAUCCGGCGAAGGUACUUGAUUACCUAGCAAUUGCUAUACAUGAAAUUGCACAAAUGAGUGAAAGAAGGCUUGAACGUUUGGUAAAUAAUCAUUUAAGUGGCCUUCCAACAUUUUUAUCACCCGAUGGUGGCCUCAACUGUGGUUUCAUGGUAGUACAAUUAUGUGCUGCUUCUUUAGUGUCCGAAAAUAAAGUUCUCUGUCAUCCUUCAUCAGCAGAUAGCAUUCCAACAAGUUGUAAUCAAGAGGACCAUGUUAGCAUGGGAGGAUUUGCAGCAAGGAAAGCCUUGAAAGUCGUGGAACAUGUUGAAGCAGUAUUAGCGAUAGAAUUAAUAGCGGCAUGCCAAGGUCUCGAAUUUUUAUCACCUUUAACAACCACAAAGCCAUUAGAGAAAGUCUACAAACUUGUUCGAUCUGUUAUUCCGUAA